AUGUCUCGUUAUCCAAGAGAAUCAUUAGUUUAAUAUGAACCUGAAACAGCCAUUCAUAAGAAUAGCGAUAUUGCAAGAAUUUCAAGUUUAGGUAAUAAAAAAAAGCAUUAACUUCCUCCUCUUGAGUCUAAGCCUUCUACUGAUGAUAUAUUGAAUGCUAUUUUACCUCCUAGAGAAUGGGAUCACGAAGGAACCCAUUACAUUUAAUAUGUUUCUCACAAUCCUGCUUCAAGAGAAGAUGUUGCUAAUUUAUAAAAGACUUUGGAUGAAAAAUUAUUGGCUAGACAAGCAAGAGAUUCUGGUAUUUGCCCUAUAAGAGAAGAACUCCAUAGUUAGUGUUUUGAUGAAAUUAUUAGACAAGUUACAAUUGACUGCCCAGAAAGAGGUAUAUUAUUGUUGAGAGUUAGAGAUGAAUUAAAAAUGACUAUUGCUGCAUACCAAACUUUAUAUCAAUCAUCUGUUACAUUUGGUAUGAGAAAGUAAUUAUAGUCUGAAUAAGGUAAAGCUGACACAGAAUUAAAAAUAUCUGAACUAGAAAAGAAGAAAGCAAAAUUAGAAGAAAGAAGAGUAGAACUGCUAAACAAGAAAGAAGCUAUAGAGAAAAGAAAUAAAGAAAGAAGAGAUAUCGAAGAAUAAAAGAGAAAGUAAGAAAUUGAAUUCUUAAAAUAUCAAAGUUAACAUUUAGAAUAGUUCCUUAAAUCUGUUACUCCUGAUCUUAAAUGA